AGAGACUCGCAGCGCCAUGAUAAAUCAAAAACUCGUGACGCCGCGCGCUUACUUUGGCUCGGUCAUUGGAAGAGCAGAGAGCAGCUUUGGACCAAAAAGCAUAAAGCAUACACUUUUAGCUCGACACCUUAUAGUGUAAAAUUCGGUGCAAAUUUAUUCCACAGAUUAAACCGCUGCAGACACAAUCCAGUGAAGAUGGCAGAGUACGGAUUUCUGAAGCAGGAGCCAGGUUAUGCGACCAAAGCGAUACACGAGGGUCAAGAGCCAAGCCAGUGGAAUUCAAGAGCAAUUGUUCCACCAAUUUCGUUGGCCACUACUUUUGAGCAGGAUGCUCCUGCCAAGCACCGGGGGUUCGAAUAUAGUCGCAGUGGAAACCCAUCCCGAAACGUACUUGAAAAGUGCGUCGCUGCACUUGAUGGUGCGAAAUAUGGACUGUGUUUUUCGUCCGGUUUAGGAGCCACGACUGGCCUUGUGCACCUCUUGAGCCAAGGUGAUCAUUUGCUCUCUGUUGAUGACGUCUAUGGAGGAACAGGUCGCUACUUCCGCCAGUGCGCUACCAGGUUUGGAAUCGAAGUUGAUUUUGUGGAUGCCACGAAAGUAGAGCUUUUUGAGAAUGCUAUCAAGCCUAACACAAAGAUGGUGUGGAUUGAAUCUCCAACCAAUCCAUUGCUGAAAGUGAUUGACAUCAAGGCUAUUGCCAAAAUUUGCAAGCAAAAGCCUGACAUCAUCCUUGUCGUUGACAACACCUUCCUGACGUCUUACUUCCAGCGCCCUCUGAGUCUCGGAGCUGAUGCAGUCGUUUAUUCCAUGACCAAGUACAUGAACGGACAUGCUGACGUUAUCAUGGGUGCUGUGACAACCAGCAAUGAUCAACUGCAUGAACGACUCCGCUUUCUUCAAAACGCUGCCGGCAUCGUCCCAUCACCAUUUGAUUGUUACCUGGUCAAUCGCAGUUUGAAGACUUUGGAAAUUCGCAUGCGCCAGCACAUGACAAAUGGACUUGCUGUGGCCCAGGCUCUUGAGGCUCAUCCUCUAGUGGAAAAGGUUUUGCACCCGGGUCUUCCAAGCCACCCCCAGCAUGAUAUUGCAAAGAAGCAAUCCUAUGGACACAGCGCUAUUUUCUCAUUCUACAUCAAGGGUGGCCUUCAGCAUUCCGAAGCCUUCCUGAAGGCUCUGAAGUUGUUCUAUUUGGCAGAGAGCUUGGGAGGGUUUGAGAGUCUCGCUGAGCUUCCGUGUGUGAUGACACAUGCGUCGGUCCCUGCAGAGGCUAGAAAGGAGCUUGGAAUUUCCGACACUUUGAUUCGCCUCUCUGUAGGUCUCGAAAAUCCAGAGGACCUGGUCGCAGACAUUAAGCAAGCACUGGAUGUUGUGGCUGAAAUCAAGUAAUCCUGGAGUCCAUUAAUCAAUUUUCAAAGUUUUUACAAAUAAAUCAAAUCUAACCAAUUCACAGUGUCAAUAUCAUUGGAUAAAUAAAUUAAUACUUUGCUAUCGAA